AUGAAACAGGUGAUUCAGUGCAAACGAAAGAAAUUUGGACUGGUGGUCGAGGAGAAGCUGCUAAGCGUAAACGAGCGUAUAAAACAAUUCAACAAGCUCGAAACGGAGAAAAAUGAUCCAAAGGUGUACUUGGAGAGAAGACGGUCUGUGUUGGGCAGGUACGUGGUGUACGAGCCCGACAAUAACGCAGGAAAGGUGCUCGAUGACGAGUGUGGGUGCUCGUUCUGCCUGAAGGAUCUUUACUACCACUUCUGCAAGAACUUUAACAAGCACUACGACAACUGCCAGAACAUCGGCAGCAUCAUGUUCUGCGAGUGUUACCUGAUCAAAUUGAAAAAGCAGCACAAGCUGGAGCAGCGUAUAAUCGAGAAGGUUAUUGAAGAGUCUGAAGCACCGGUCAAAAGGGAAACGAUCGAAAUUGAGAGCAACGAGCAGGAUCAGUACAUCAGUGACGUGAUAAAGAAUGAUGUGAGCACGGACGGCUUUGAAAACACAAAGAAUGUGGAUUUCAGGGUUCUGGAAGAAAAGUUGACCAGACAGACGCAAAACAACGAGUACGAGCGGUUUAUGCGGCUGAGGGUGGCACAGGACUGCCGUAAUAGCUGUUGUGUGGAGUGCGAUGCGCUUCGAGCGGAUCUUGGCCAUGAGAACUCUCAGAUUUGCGAUAAGUGUUUGGAGCCCAUCGUGAGGAGCGGUGAAAAAAGCCUUUGUUUUUGUGAUGGGACGUUUGUUAAGCACAACAAAUCGGCGAAUGAGAGUAUGAAGAGCUUUUUGGAUGAUUUAAAGGUGAAGCUGAAAAUUAGGAGUGCACAGAAGCACAAGGAGAAUGUGGAGAUGGAAAAUGUUGCGUUGUUUAAAGACCGGGAUAGCGAUUUUAUCGAAGAUAGGAGGAUAGACGAUGUGCUGGACGGAAAGGGCGAAGAAUUGGUCGAGAAUGAUGGAUUGGUUGAUAUGGACAGGUGUGAGAAACCUGAUGAGGGAUUGGUUGAUACGGACAGGUGUGAGAAACCUGAUGAGGAGUUAGCCGAAGCAAACGGUGAGGAGCACAGUAGGAGUGAAAAAUCGGAAAAGGACGAGUGCGCAGAGUUUGAUGAGGAGCACGGUAAGAAUGAAAAAUCAGAAAAGAAUGCGUGUGGAACGGGUGAUGGAAUGUCCGAAUCAGCUAAAGAUUUGAGUAAAGUCGUGAAUGACGAGGAUGAUGCACAGGAUGAGCUGAGCGAAUCGACGGCAAGCAAAGUAAAAGUGGAUGGUAUCGAUGUCGAGCCAUUGAAGAACACUGAAAACGAGAGAAAUAUGAAUGAGAAAGGCGAAGAAGAUGAGGCUGAGAGAUCUGCUCACGUAGAUUCAUCGGUACACGCAUCGGUAAUAAGCGUGUGCUCCGCGAAGAACUGUGUGGGCCGCAGCUCAGCAUACGUAAACUACUACGAUCUAAACUACGAGGAGCAGUACUGGCUCGCUGUGUACUGCGUGCGUAAGAUCGUGAAGAUACUACCGGCCAAGAAGCGAAGAGUUUUAAACAACCUCCGGAAAAUUGAAAUAUUUUUGCUGGGCGAGAAAUUCAGCUAUUUCUCAAAAGAGAAAGUCAAUCCAUUUAUAUUUGAGGUGUUGUCGUACUUUAGGGCACACGGUGUGCUCGUGCAGGGCCUGUUCAGGUUACCUGGCAAGCUCUCCAUAUACAACAAGAUGCUGCAUAACCUGAGAGAAGGCAAAAAAAUAAUUUUGGAAGAGUACAACAUCAGAGACGUUGCGUCGUUUUUCAAGGCUUAUAUCAGGGAAGACCUGAAUGGCAUCAUCGUGCCGUCCAUCAUAGAAACGAUCUACGAGUGCUUUACUUCUGAUUCCUACAAAAUCAAGGACGAGGUUUCGCAGUAUCUGCCGUUCGUUUUUCUGGGCGACAGGAGGGAGUUACUUAUGCAGAUAUUGAGCCUGUACAAGCUGCUUGCUGCGAACAAGGACACUACAAAUAUGAACAUCACUAAUCUUGCGAUAUGCUCGGCACCCUCGUUUUUUCCCAAACAGGUUAUCACGGACUAUCAGGUGGUUGUAAAGCAGAUUCAGGUGAUAGAAAAUCUUUUCGGCCUGGACUACAAGCACGUCCCCAUCAAAUUUAUUCAAAGAAGCAAGGAGUUCUCAAGGGAGGUAGAGAUUACCGAGUCGGACGAGUAUGACUACGGUUUCUCCGUGCUCAGCGCACAGGAAACGGAAAUAUCGUCGUAAAGGAUCUGUGACGGGCAUAGCCAUGUUUAAAAGGAAUAGAGCGUUAAGCAGAGAAGUCAUAAUUAAAAUAAGAUGAGGUGUA